AUGGAUCCACUAUACUCGCUGCCAGUUGAUGGGCUGGAUGGCCAUCUUCGGGGAGCCAACUUUUCCUGUGCUUUCAAUAGCAGUGAAAAUACAACAGUGGUCAUACCACCAGGUCCUGUGUCUGCUGUUCGCACAGUAAUUAUCCCCAUCAUCUACCUCCUUGUGUGCAUGGUUGGGCUCAGUGGUAAUGCACUUGUCAUUUAUGUGGUCUUGAGGUAUGCUAAGAUGAAGACUGUCACCAACAUCUACAUCCUCAACUUGGCUGUAGCUGAUGUCCUCUUCAUGCUGGGUCUGCCAUUCAUUGCCACCCAAAACGCCAUCUCCUACUGGCCCUUUGGCACCUUCCUAUGCAGGCUUGUGAUGACUGUGGAUGGCAUUAACCAAUUCACCAGUAUUUUCUGUCUUACUGUCAUGAGCAUGGAUCGGUACCUGGCUGUCGUCCAUCCUAUCAAGUCCACCAAGUGGCGCCGCCCAAGGAUAGCUAGGCUUAUCAGUGCUGCUGUCUGGACCUUCUCAUUACUGAUGUCCCUUCCAGUCAUCAUAUUUGCCGAUGUCCAGGAAGAUUGGAAUACCUGCAACAUCAGCUGGCCCGAGCCGGUAAAUAUCUGGGGAGCAGUCUUCAUCAUCUACACCUCUGUCCUGGGAUUCUUUGGGCCACUGUUGGUGAUCUGCCUCUGCUAUUUGCUAAUUGUGAUCAAGGUCAAGUCAUCAGGGGUCCGGGUGGGCUCCACCCGGAGGAGGAGAUCAGAGCGAAAAGUGACCAGGAUGGUGGUCAUCAUUGUUGUCGUCUUUGUGUUUUGCUGGCUGCCAUUUUUCACCCUGAACAUUGUCAAUCUGGUUUUUAUCCUGCCUGAAGAGGCUGCCUCUGCAGGUGUAUACUUCUUUGUGGUGAUUCUCUCCUAUGCCAACAGCUGUGCCAAUCCCAUUCUGUACGGGUUCCUGUCUGACAACUUCAAGCAGAGCUUUCAGAAGGUCCUGUGCCUCCGAAAGGGCUAUGGUGUUGAAGAUGGUGACCCCACUGACCAUAGGCUGGAGAAGAGCAGCUGCCUGCAGGAGGCCAUGCUGUCCUCCAGAAAUACAGAAUUCAAUGGGCACAUGCAAACAAGUAAGGUGUAA